AUCACAUGAUACCUAAUAUGUCGGCGUUUAAAUUUGUUUUUAGGACUUUUUUUUUAAUUUGCCUAAUUACUACCGCCAAAGCUUUUUCUUGCCAUUGCGACCGGGAGGAACUAUGUAGGCCUGUAUCAGUAAAAGAAAAUCGUAAAGAGAUUUUUAUGUUUAGCCUAAGAAAGAACAAUUGGAGGGCGUAUAAUUUUACAACAUUAACUACUGUUGUCGAAGUUGGCUAUCAUGAUCCACAGUUGGUUUGUUUUGCCCAUGAACGACGUGUCAGAGUUGUUUCGAUAGCCAAUUAUCCGACAAAUCAAUUAUCCAACUCCUCGGCCAGAAGCCAGUGGGUGCAAGAUAAAUUAAAGUUUACCCUGACUCAACAUUUGGAUGGUAUCAAUUUCGACUUUGAGGAUGCAAUAUCGUCAACUAGGAUUGACUUGAAAGAUGGAUUAUCAAAAUUAGUUGAGGAGACUUAUAGAGUAUUUAAAAAAGCCGAUCCAAGAUUACAAAUUACCUUCGAUGUAGCUUGGUCACCUGACUGCAUUGAUCAACGUUGUUAUGAUUAUUUUAGAAUUGCAUCUAGCACUGAUUUCCUAUUUGUCAUGUCAUAUGAUGAAAGAAGUCAAAUUUACGAUGAAUGUAUUGCGUGGGCAAAUUCAGCUUUGAAUACGACCAUUCACGGAGUAGAAAGAUAUUCCAAGAUAGGAAUUCCUAUUGAAAAAUUAGUCCUAGGGGUGCCGUGGUACGGUUACGACUAUCCCUGCAUCAAAUACGAAGUGGAAACUAGAAAAUGUUGGAUAAAGAAAGUUCCAUUUAGGGGGGUAAAUUGUAGUGACGCUUCAGGAAGUCAGAGAAAUAUCGAAGAUAUUGCCGCUUUCAGUAAGAAUUACACGGUACAUUGGGAGAAAAUCGCCGAAUCGCCUUACUUUACUUAUUUCAAUAACGCUAAAAAGAUUUAUCAUCAGAUUUGGUUCGAUAAUGUAGACAGCUUGAAAAUCAAGUAUAAGUAUGCUAUUAUAAGGCGUUUACGAGGCUUGGGGGCAUGGAAUGCUGACGCUGUUGGCAAGGAUCAAACGAAGAAAAUGUGGUCUGCUUUACCUUGUUAUAAAUGCAACGAAAUGAGAAGCGACAAUUCGAUCGUUGCUUAUCAACUACAGAAUAAAUAG